UGUGACCUGCCUGAAACUUGGGCGCUUCUCCAGUCUGAAUGUUGAUGGUAGGACAAAGGGGCAUCUGGACUAUGGGCGACAUGGUAGAGAAAAGUUUGGAAGAGCCAUUGGCGCCUCCUGCAGAUGAACCCUCCCAGAAAAGGGGAGACCUGGUAGAAAUCUUAAAUGGCGAUAAGGCAAAAUUUGACGACACAGGACUCUCCUUAAUUCUGCAGAAUGGCCUGGAGACCCUCCGAGUGGAAAAUGCUCUGACAGAUGUCAUCCUGUGUGUGGACAUUCAGGAAUUCUCCUGCCACCGCGUGGUGCUUGCUGCGGCCAGCAACUAUUUCAGGGCCAUGUUCUGCAAUGACUUAAAGGAAAAGUAUGAGAAGAGGAUCAUUAUCAAAGGAGUCGAUGCUGAGACCAUGCACACUCUCCUGGACUACACCUACACCAGCAAGGCGCUGAUCACCAAGCAGAACGUCCAGCGGGUCCUGGAAGCGGCUAACCUCUUCCAGUUCCUGCGGAUGGUGGAUGCCUGCGCCAGCUUCCUCACCGAAGCCUUGAACCCAGAGAACUGCGUUGGGAUCCUGAGGCUGGCGGACACGCACUCCUUGGACAGUCUAAAGAAGCAGGUUCAAAGUUACAUCAUCCAAAACUUCGUGCAGAUUCUGAACGCCGAGGAGUUCCUUGAGCUCCCCGUGGACACUCUGUACCACAUCUUGAAGAGCGAUGACCUUUAUGUGACGGAGGAGGCUCAGGUGUUUGAGACGGUGAUGAGCUGGGUCCGGCACAAGCAGUCGGAGCGGCUCUGCUUGCUCCCCUACAUCCUGGAGUACGUGCGCCUGCCGCUUCUGGACCCGUGGUACUUUGUGGAGACGGUGGAGGCAGAUCCUCUCAUCAGGCAGUGCCCGGAGGUCUUCCCGCUGCUCCAGGAAGCCAGGAUGUACCACCUUUCUGGCAAUGAGAUAAUAUCAGAGCGCACCAAGCCCAGGAUGCAUGAGUUCCAGUCUGAGGUGUUUAUGAUCAUUGGUGGCUGCACGAAGGAUGAACGAUUUGUGGCGGAGGUAACCUGCCUGGACCCCCUGAGGCGCAGCCGCCUGGAGGUGGCCAAGCUCCCGAUGACGGAGCAUGAGCUGGAGAGUGAGAAUAAGAAGUGGGUGGAGUUUGCAUGCGUGACAUUAAAAAAUGAGGUCUACAUCUCAGGUGGCAAAGAAACACAGCACGAUGUUUGGAAAUAUAAUUCUUCGAUCAACAAAUGGAUCCAAAUAGAGUAUUUGAACAUAGGCCGCUGGAGGCAUAAGAUGGUGGUGUUGGGUGGCAAGGUCUAUGUGAUCGGAGGUUUUGAUGGCUUGCAGAGGAUCAACAAUGUGGAGACCUACGACCCCUUCCACAACUGCUGGUCAGAGGCGGCGCCCCUCCUCGUCCAUGUCAGUUCCUUCGCAGCCACCAGCCAUAAGAAGAAGCUCUAUGUGAUUGGGGGAGGGCCCAAUGGAAAACUGGCCACGGACAAGACUCAGUGUUACGACCCUUCAACCAACAAGUGGAGUUUAAAGUCGCCCAUGCCAGUGGAGGCUAAAUGCAUCAAUGCAGUGAGUUUCCGGGACCGCAUCUAUGUUGUUGGUGGGGCCAUGAGAGCGCUGUACGCCUACAGCCCCCUGGAGGACACCUGGAGCCUGGUCACCCAGCUCAGCCACGAGAGGGCCAGCUGCGGCAUCGCGCCCUGCAACAACCGGCUCUACAUCACGGGCGGGCGCGACGAGAAGAACGAGGUCAUCGCCACGGUGCUGUGCUGGGACCCGGAGGCCCAGAAACUGACGGAGGAGUGCGUGCUGCCCCGGGGGGUGUCGCACCACGGCAGCGUGACCAUCAGGAAGUCCUACACCCACAUACGGAGGAUCGUGCCCGGCGCCGUGUCGGUCUGACUGCGGGAGGCGGAGUCACCGCAGGGGCUGGGCGGCGCCUCCCGGGGACCCUCCGCACCCCGCACCCAGGCCCGCCCACUUCAGACAGGAGGCGGGGCGUGCGUUUUAGGUCGGACCUCAGGGAAUCCCCACGACCUCCCCCCUGGGGGCUCCUUGGAAGUCACAGCUUUGGGACACUUGAGAGCAACCAGCAAUGUUUGCGUGACCUACCUCAGGAGAGAAGAGCCAUAGGUGACAUUCAGGACACACCUGCCGUGCCAGGCUCUGUGCCGGCGCUUUGGUAUACAAGUCACUGACCCAUCAUAAAGACCUGGUGGCUGUUUUUUGUUUGUUUGUUUUAAUCACUGUUUUACAAGCGAGGAAACCGAGUUUCAGGGAGGCGAAGUGACUUGCCCCAGGUCACUCAAAUUGCAAGUAGCAAAACCAGGAGUCUAAACCCAGGUCUUUCAAUGUCAAAGUCAGUGCCCUUUCUGCCAUACUAGCUCUCUCAGAGCAGGAAACCAGAACAAAAACAAGGUGCCCAAAACUGGCUAAAGGAUUCACUAAUCAAGGCAGGGAAAUAAGGGUAUUUAUCUUUUCUUUUCCUUUCUUUUUCCUUUCCUUUCCUUUUCUCCCGUUCCCCCCCCCCACCCCCCCCCCCCCCACCCCACAAUACUGAAACCAGCUGGAAUCCCUGGUGUUGGAGCCUUGGGAUUUCAACAGAGGUUGUUUGAUCUGACAGGUCUGGGUAGGUGGGUCUGGGAAGGCCUGUUUGCUUUGAAAGAUAUAUAAAAAAAAUUGUGUUCUGUUCUCCCAUCAAAAGCCUCUAUUUUUUUUUAUGAUCACAGGAGGCCCAUUUGGGACUAGAACUGUCAUCACCAGAUAGAAUUGUACCUUCAGCACAGUCCAGUGCCCUGGCCCCUUAAUGUCUAACCGUUGUAUUGCCAUGGAGAAAAGAGGUUCCCAGAGACUCAGAGCUCUGUUUUUUUUUUACAUGAAUAUCCUAAUAGACUCCUGGCCACUGCAGGAAUCACCAACUUGUUCUUCUCCUCCUCCUCCCCCCCCCCCUCCUCCUCCUCCCCCCCCCCCUCCUCCUCCUCUUUCUUCUUCUUCCUCACCUGAGGGUAUGCUUUGACUGAUCUUAGAGAGGAAGGGAGAGAGAAACAUCAAUCAGUUGCUUCCCAUAUGUACCCCGUUCCGGGAUCGAACCUGAAACCUCAGUAUGUGCCCUAUACCUUUUGUAUAUGAAUCAACAACCUUUUUGAUGUAUUGAAUGACACUCCAACCAACUGAGCAACUCUGCCAGGACUGACCAACUUUUCUUGAUGAUAUACACUCCAUUUUUUAGAUAGUGAUUUGGGUCCAUGUCCCUGAGACCCCACCCUCCAGGAACCUUAGUUUUCAGGGUCCUUUUAAGCCCUUCUUUUUGCUUUUUGGAUCAGCUUGGCACAAUUUUGAUUCAAAGAACAGAGUUAAUCCUUCACUCUAAGCACUAGAACUUGCAAAUGAGCUCACUGGAAAUUCAUUCUAAUCCCCAAGUUGGGGGAACAGAUUAAGAGAUCCUGUUUCAGAUGCUGUAUUUAAGCAACAACAAUGGUAACAACAGAGUAACUGCAUUACGCAAUGUGCUUUAUUUUCAUCAUAUGAUUUCAAAACUCUUUAUAGAGUUUUAUUUCAUGUCAGAUGUGGCAUACAUAUUGUGCUUGUACUUCUCAGCAGUUUGAAGUUGGAUAGUGGAUUUAAUUUUCUUAGAAAAGUUAUGGCUAGAAGAGCUAAAAUUCAAAGCAGAUAAAAAAGACUUGGAAAAUUACAAGGUUUGUUUCUGCUUAGAUUAUUGAGGAUAAAUAUAAGUGCAUGUUGGUGUGUGCAAAGCUCUGUGCCUUAGGGUCACAUGUGAUAGUUCAGCUCCCUAGUAUGAAAGGAAGAUGGGAAAAUACAAGCAUAUUUGUGGAAAUUUAGAACACAUGUGUAUCACUUGCUCAUGAGCACUAAUAACCUUAGCAAAGCUCUCAAUUUAAUCUAGUUCAAUUCAGCAAAUACUCAAGGAGUUCUUUAUGUUUGUCAAGCCUUGAGGACACCAAUGAAUAAGACAAAUCCCCACUAUGAAGACACUGAAUAAACAGGUAAAUAGGCCACUUGAAAAUAUUAUAAUUUUUCUUUUCAUAAGUUGGCAAAAGAAAAAGGAGAUGUAUGUAAAGUUAUGAGGCUGCAUCCACAUCUUUAUUGUCUUUCCGAGUGGUCUCUCUGGAAAACUGUGCACUUAGGUCAACGAUGAGGCCACUGCUUACAUGUUUGUCUGUCUUUGACAUUGCCUUCGGAAACUAUUUCUGAGCUAUAAUCAUAUUCCAGAAAUGGUUUCAGGGAAGAACUUCCAAAGAGGAUAUCCAAUGGCAGCAUCACAGCCAUACAUGAAGAGCCACCUCAGAAAGAGAACAGUCCUUGUCAUGGCAGUCCUCUAAGAAGAGAAGCCAGCAAAUUUUGAGCCUACCAGUGCUAGGAAAGUGAAGAUUCAGGAUCUCUGUGUUAUAAACUUGGUUCUAAAUGCAGGACCCAAGUUUCAGGAUGAGUUCAGAACACAUAAAUGAAGGCAAG